AAACAGCAUUUCUUUUGCGAAAACAACAUGGCGGUGUCAAAGAGUGCCAAUACAUAUAAUCGCCAAAACUGGGAGGAAUCGGAUUUUCCACUGCUCUGCCAAACAUGCCUUGGUGAUAAUCCAUACAUAAGGAUGUUGAAAGAAAAGUAUGGCAAAGAGUGCAAGAUAUGUCAAAGACCUUUCACUGUGUUUAAAUGGUGCCCUGGUGCCAGAAUGCGAUACAAGAAAACAGAAAUUUGCCAGACAUGUUCAAAGAUAAAGAAUGUCUGCCAAACGUGCUUGCUAGAUCUGGAAUAUGGUUUGCCAGUGCAAGUAAGAGAUACAGCUUUAGCUAUCAAAGAUGAAAUGCCGAAAUCUGAUGUUAAUAAGGAAUUCUACACCCAGAAUAUUGACAAGGAGCUUGCCAACACAGAUGGCACAAAUGCUGGUGGUGCAGUUGGCAAGUCUCAAGCUGCAAGCGACCUUCUUAUGAAGCUAGCAAGGACCACACCAUACUACAAACGAAAUAGGCCCCAUAUUUGCUCGUUUUGGGUGAAAGGCGAAUGUAAGCGAGGAGAAGAGUGCCCUUUCAGACAUGAGAUGCCUACAGAUCCCAAUGAUCCACUUGCAAGUCAAAACAUCAAGGACCGAUUCUACGGCUCUAGCGAUCCUGUCGCUGAUAAGUUGCUAAAACGUGCUGCCAGCAUGCCGAAACUGGAGCCACCAUCAGAUAGGUCAGUUAUGACCCUUUAUAUUGGUGGACUAGAUGGUCGUGUAACGGAUCAAGAUCUAAGGGACCAUUUUUAUCAGUUUGGAGAAAUAAGACAAGUGACAAUGGUCACUAGACAAAAUUGUGCCUUCGUUACGUUCACUUCGAGACCUGCAGCAGAGACGGCUGCUGAGCGCUCCUAUAAUAAACUGAUUAUAAAAGGAAGAAGACUUAAAAUAUUGUGGGGAAAAUCUCAAGCAGAUAAACCAAAAGCUGGGAAGGAUGGUGGUUUACAGUUGACUCCCGUCCCUGGACUGCCAGGAGCGCUUCCCACACCGCCAGUAAACUUUAUCAAAGAGAAGCAAGGUGACGAAAGCCAAUCAAAUGCCACUGAAACAUCAUCAACUGAUCAGGCAGAAUCAAGAACGGCGCCAACAUCAAGUCACAGCAUUCCCAUGCCACCAGCAUUGCCCCCUAUGCCCCCUCCACCAAGACUCCCUAUGCUUCCUUUUCCCCCUCAGCAGGGUGGUCCCUCACACAGAAUUCCACCCCCAAGGAUUCCACCACCACCUCCAAGAGGCCUUCCUCCCAACAUGCCACCACGAUUCUAUCCACAUCCAAUGGGUGUACCUCCUCGAGGGGGACCCCCAGGGCCACCUCCUAACAUGCCCCCAAGGCCACCUGGUCCUCCACGAGGAAUUCAUUACCCUUCACAGGAUCCGAUGCGGAUGGGUGCGGGAGCUGAGGGCUAACUUCGGUUGAUGACUGCAUGAAACUGAAAGUCUGUGAUCAAUAACCUAUAGCAACAGAUGGCAGCAUAAACGAUAUUUACUGAUGAAGCCGUAGAGCACUUGACGGAUGCUGCCAUCCACAAGAAAAAAGCCACGAGAUUUCACAUUUCUGUCAAGCCGUGUCUGUUUUGGCUUUCCAGUACAGAAUUAUUCAGAAUUAUUCAUUGGCUGAUAUCGUGCCCUAAUGUCUCUUUUUUUGAAACACCGUGUCAACUUCUGUAUCAUUAACUCUUAUUUUUUAAAACUUUUUUAACAGUUAAUUUAAAAUGGCAUAGUAUCUCCAUGAGUUCGAAAAUGAUUGAAGAAGAAAUUUGUUUUAUGUAAAAUCAACUUAGGGGGCAGUUGGGACAGGUUUUUAUCUCCCUCUCUUCCUCAUCCUCCUUAAUUUUCCUAUGUCAGGGCUUAGCUGUAAUGUCCUGGGCUUUUCUCUAACAUUACCUAACAUUUAUCUCAGGUGAAGAUGAUUGCUUGAAGUGCCAGUUAUUCAAGGUAACCCUAAAAUCAAGAGCUAUUUGCAUGGCGAAAUUCCAAUUAAGGCAAAUGACUUAACGUAAUCAUAAUCUGGACUUUGUGAAAUCCUGUUAGUGCACAUUGUCGAGUGAUAGCAGAAGAAAAUUGAAAGGAAAUGAUAUCACCAAUAUUUAAUUUAGGGUUGAUUGCAUUGUACCUUAAUUUUUUCUUAUCUUUGAAUUUUUUUGUCUAAGUAUUGAGUUCUGGAAAGAUUCUAUGAAGCUGA